CCUCCUUGCUGUUCCCCUCUCGUGCUCAUUUCUCUCCACCUUUUCCUCCCCUCUUCUCACCGCCACUCUUUCUCCCCCCUGUCAUCCUCUCUCAGGCACACUGCGGAGGACCUUCACACGCCGUCAGGAAUAUAGCAGCCACGGCAGCUGCAAUCACAUUCAUUUGUCCACUCCUCUACCUGCCAAUUUUUUCUCCUCCAUCCUUUUUUCCACUGUUUUCCACAUUCCGGCAUCCUUAAACUUCACCUCUCAAGCUCAUUAUCCAUCUCCAUCUGCUCACUACCACAUUUUCCCAUUUCCCCCUGGCUUGCUGGUUACCCAGGAUGCCUUGUUCCAGGCCCCUACGCUAGGCCUUAGCAGCAUGGGCGGAGCCUGGGUUGGAAGCGAGAGAACGGAUUGGACCCUUCCCCUUAGGACGGGCACGCUGGCGGGUCACCCUCCUUCAGCUUCAGAUGGGCGAGGACGCUGAGAGCCCCAAGAUCAACCACACCUUCCUACGAGACUAUGUCACUGAAGCUGAUGUCAUCUCCACGGUGGAGUUCAACCAGACAGGGGACCUACUGGCCACGGGGGAUAAAGGAGGCCGAGUGGUCAUCUUCCAAAGAGAAACAGAGUCUAAAGCGGAGUCCGAGGAGGUGUUGGAGACUGGGGACUCGGGGGAGUAUAAUGUAUACAGCACCUUCCAGAGCCACGAGCCAGACUUUGAUUACCUGAAGAGUCUGGAGAUUGAAGAGAAAAUCAACAAGAUUAAAUGGCUGUCACAACAGAAUGCCGCACAUUUUCUCCUGUCCACCAACGAUAAGACCAUUAAACUGUGGAAGGUGAGUGAAAGAGACAAGAGACCAGAGGGAUAUAAUUUGAAAGAUGAGGAGGGCCGCCUCAAGGACAUCUCCACCAUCACCUCCCUGCAGGUGCCAGUACUGAAACCCACAGAUCUGAUGGUCGAGGUCCGCCCCAGACGAGUGUUCUCCAAUGGUCAUACCUAUCAUGUCAACUCCAUCUCGGUCAACAGUGAUGGGGAAACCUACCUGUCAGCUGAUGACCUGCGUAUCAAUAUGUGGCAUCUGGGCAUCACUGACCGCAGCUUCAACAUUGUGGACAUCAAGCCAGCCAACAUGGAGGAUCUCACAGAGGUGAUAACGGCAGCAGAGUUUCACCCUCAACACUGUCACCUGUUUGUGUACAGCAGUAGCAAGGGCACCCUGCGCCUCUGUGACAUGAGGUCUUCAGCGCUUUGUGACAAACACACGAAAUUGUUUGAAGAGCCGGAAGAUCCAGGAAGCCGCUCCUUCUUUUCCGAAAUCAUCUCCUCUGUGUCAGAUGUCAAGUUCAGCCACAAUGGACGCUACCUGCUGACCAGAGACUACCUCACCGCCAAGGUGUGGGACUUGAACAUGGACAAAGGCCCCGUGGAGACAUAUCAGGUCCACGAAUACCUAAGGAGUAAGCUGUGCUCACUCUAUGAGAACGACUGCAUCUUUGACAAGUUUGAGUGUGUUUGGAACAGUUCAGACAGCGUAAUCAUGACGGGGGCAUACAACAGCUUCUUCCAGAUGUUUGACAGGGAGACGGGAAGGGGUGUGACCCUUGAAGCCUGGCGGGAGAGCAGCAAGCCACGGGCUGUGUUACGUACCCGCCGGGUUUACACGGGAGGAAAACGUCGCCGUGGAGAUGUAGGCGUCGAUAGCUUGGACUUCAGCAAGAAGAUCCUACACAUGGCUUGGCAUCCGUCAGAGAAUAUCAUCGCUAUAGCAGCCACCAACAACCUGUACAUUUUCCAGGACCGGGUCAAUCCGGAGGCAGAGUGACAGGGAUGGGCAACGACGUGAAUAACAGACAAACAUUUUAGUUUGCAUCACUUGUCACAAAUGCAAAGUGAGACUUGAGGAAUAAACAAUGAACGAUGACAUUCAUUUAAUCCCCUAUCAAUUGUGUGUCUCCUGCCCAUCCAGUACAAUUUUUGGUAAUCCAUCUGCAAGGACCACGACAUGUUGACUCCUCUCUGCUGUGCUCUACAUGCGUUUGCCAAGACUGGACUAAGUGUUUGUUGGGUAGCAGCACAGCAAGAUUGUUUGAUACUUCAAAAUGAUGGCUAAAAGUGGUGUUCACGUGCCAUAAGUAUAACAUCGUGGUAGUGGUGAUCACAAUAACCGGAAUUUAUUCCUUUGUUUUUUUUAAGUUUGGUGACAGUUGCAGCAGAAUCUCUCUUGAAGAGCAGCGCUCUUAAGGGAGAUUGCAAGCAAAAAGUGACCCGUUAUCUUGUCCACGUUGCAAUGAUAGCAAUUCAAAACACAACGCGGCAGUAUUUCUGCUUUCAAAUCAUGAGUUCUUCCGCAGGUAACAAAUGUAUACACUUUUUACUGUAUGCUGUAAAUAGUCCGUGUUAUUUUUUAUGCCACUGCCACUUUUGUUUGUCAAGCGCUAAAUGUACGAAAUAGAUUGUUAAAUACAAGAGAACACGAACCUCGUUUAUAAAAGCAA